AACUUUAUUGCCUUUAUAGUUUGUUUCCGGCGGACCAUUAAACAGUUGCCACUGACCUGAGAGCUGUGACAGACAGCUGAGCUCUCUGAUAUCGUUCAUGUUGUGCGUUCAUGUCAAAUAUACCACAACGUAAUACACCAUUACUCUCCAUACUCCUACCAAUGUAUAUGGCUAUCAUUGCUUGGCUGCUUAAUUAUAAUAAAUAGAAGUUUGAGGAAUUACUUCUCCAUUGACUGAUUCUCUAACAGGAAUCUUUAUCCUUAUUUAUCCACUAUGAGAACAGCGAAUUAAACUAGAUGUGGGAAGGCUUCCACACAUAAGAUGGUCCUUCGAGCCGGAUGUAGCAAAAGUAAAUAAUAUGGAUACUGCAGCUAGCAAUGUAAUAGAUACAAUGGAUCGGCCUAAAAGACAGAAUCAAUUGCCUGCUUACCUGGGUGACUAUGAAGUUGGUUACUCACCUAUUGUGGACCCUCCUCUAAUCGCUACCUCCCAUGCUCACAGCCAGCAUAAAAGCUCAUCGAGGAAACCGUCCCAUAGUAGAGCCAGCUCUCAUUCUAAAUCCAGUAGCCAAUCCAGUAUUGUUGAUACUCAUGCUACAUCUGCACUUACAAGCAGCCAAGCAGCCAUACUAGGUGAGAGAAUAAAGCAGCGCCAGUACAAUGACCUUGUUCAACAAAUGGAGGAGGACAGGUUGGCAGAGGUGGAGUUUCAGCGACUACAAACUCAAACUAAAGAUGCCCAACGUGCUCAGGAAGAGGCUCUCAUGGCAAAGGAGGCUUUAACUAACCAGCUGGAAAGACGGCGGAAAUUAAAGAAGGCGGAAACCGAACUGGAGGUGGCCAAGAUGGUGAGUUCUCUGCUUAGCAUUGAUACGAGUCAAGUUGAUCCAGAAACUCAACCAUCACCAGACUCAACCCAGCCGCAACCUCAGUUUCUACACACCAGGUCAGUCCAACCAGCUAAGUUACAACAGUCACCCUUUCCAGUAUCCUCAACAACAUCAGUAAAGCAGACUGUUCCAGAGGCACAGAGUGCAUUCAGGGCCACGCCUAUAAUUCAGUCAACGCCCAAAGCUCCUCAGUCAUUACAUGAUUCCAUGCCCUCACAAGCCUCAGCUUCAUCCAUGUCAUUGCCCUUGUAUGUCGUCAGUCAGGAUUUAAAGGGGUCUCAUGUUGCUUAUUCUAGUCAGAGCAUACCAACGGUUAAUCAGCCCCCUUUAGUCCCUAAGCCAUUACAACACUUCACACCCCUGAAAUCAGCAGUAACCCAGUUUAUCACACCACAUACAGACAGUGUUCUGACCUCACAAGCUAUACAUCCUGUAGCAACCGUUACAUCUGCCUUAAAUGCAAAUAGCUUAACACAAUAUGGAGCAGCUCAACCUGUCAGUCAGGCCCAGCCUUCUACAGCUACUAGGAAAAUAGGGACCAACCUAUUCAGCCCUACAUUCAACCCUCUGCCUUAUCCACCUCUGUCUGUUCCCAGCACAGGAUACAUGCCUCAACCCGGAACAGAUCUUUUAAUGGCAGCAGCCUAUGGCAUCCCUCGUCCUACGUUACCCAUCUUCGAAAGUGGCACUGAAAGUGACUUUGCUCUGUUGAAAUUGGCCUUGGACAAUCUCUUAAGCUACCAUACUCACAUUAGUGAGCAGUACAAAUAUCAAGUGUUGUUGAGCCAUCUAAAAUUCCCUAGUGCCCAGCAGCUGGCUAAGGCAUAUAUGCACCAUCCACAACCAUAUACUGCUGCUUUACAAGCCUUACAGGAAAAAUACGGCCAGCCUAGGCAGCUCGUACAGUCUGAGUUAGGAGCUAUAAUGAGCACUCCCCCCCUCAAAAUGGGCGAUUCCAAUGCCUUUGACUCAUUUGCCUUAUCCGUCCAAUCUCUAGUGGGCAUGUUAAGAACUUUGGAAGGACAAAAUGGGUAUGAGCUUAUGUGUGGUUCGCACGUAGAUCGUCUUCUGGGAAAAAUGCCACCAGCUUAUCGAGACAGCUUUGUGGAAUACUGCCUAAGCCAUGGCAUUCUCCAAACUGGUUCUGAUCGAACCUAUACUCUUCCUGACCUGGCAGUUUGGUUACAGACAAAGUCACAAGCAAAACGUAUCUCAAGCCGAGCAGCUGCUAUGUUCCAGCCUGAUAUUACAAAAUCAUAUGGGAAGAGUAAGGGAACCACACCUUAUAGAGAGCGAUCGACACCUAUACUUUUGACCUCUGAAAAGGCUGCCAAACCCAUUGACCAUACACAGGCUAAAGUUGCCUCCAAACCAAAGCCCUACUGUCCUCAUUGCGACAACAGAGAACAUUAUCUCAACUCCUGUGAUAAAUUCAAAAGGUUGAACACUACCCAGAUUGUCACAUGGAUCACAGAAGGUAAACGUUGUUGGAAAUGUGGUAGAAAUCAUUCAGUGGACUCCUGUAACCUCAAACGGCCAUGUAAAGUCUGCAAAGAACUGCAUCUUACUGUAUUACAUGACUCUGUAAAGGACACUUCAAAGCUGUGCUGCUGGUGA